UCCCCUAUAUUUUGAAAACUGAAAGCAUCUUAAGUUUAAGAGAACAAAUCUUCAAUUUCUCGUGAUAGUCUUCAAAUUUUUAAUCAAAGGGUUCUGAAAUAGCUGAUGAGCUCUUCAAACAUUUUUCAUAUGUUUGAUACCUCAAAUUUCUUCUAUGAAAAGUUUCCUUUAGUUCUAACUCUCUUGUCUAGUAUUCAAAAGAACUUAAUUUGUUAAAGACUUUAAUUUUUCUUAUGUAAAAUAAUGUAUAUAAAUGUUUUGUAUCAAUCAUUAAAUUUUUUUAGUGCUUCAGAGGUAGAAUCAGAAAAAGUUGUUCAAGAAGCUUUAGAUUACGCUGUUAAAGGUCAUACUGUGCUAGUGAUAGCUCAUAGUUUGAGUACAGUCCAAAAUGUAGAUUUCAUUGCUGUAGUAAAAAGAGGCCAAAUAGUUGAGUUCAGCAUUGUGCGAUGGCCGCCUUUACUCCUCAUACAAGCUGGUUUCCAUCAAAGCUGGAAGGGGGCUUAAAACAGCUAUUGGGGAUUAAUCCCCAGUUCUUAACAUUGACAGUUGAGUGCCAGAGCCAUUAACAUGUAAAUAAUAACAAGAAAAAAUGCGUCAUUAAUUGUCUCGCAUAUUUUUUAAUUACUUUAAUUCUAAUUUCUAAUCUUCUUCUGACAAUCCUAAUUUGAAAUUAAUUUAAAGGCAUUUUUUAUGCAAAAUACAAUAUUCUAUUUCCUUAUAAACAUUACGUUAGAUGUUUCCGUAUCAGUUGAUGGAAAUGUUGAAACUUGUUUCGCUGCUGUUUCAAGAAAUUGUUGCAGGCAAAAGCAAAAAGUGAUUACGACUG